AUGCGUAUCUGGACCGGGACGUCUCAGUCCAAACCCACAAUCCGUUCUCUCUGUCCCUCCCCUCAGAUUAUAUGAUGUUCUUUCUGUUUUUCUUGACCUGGAAACACUCUUAGAAUAACUUUCUUAAGAGUUGGGGGUCGAUUUAAAAUUUGAAGCAGUCAGAACAAUUUCCUUGCUGAAAUUAAGUGAAAUUAACCCCCUGGCUCCAACUCUACCCCUCAGUUUCCCCCCCCCCCCAAAAAAUGAAUUUUCUACCAUUUUCCUGUACUUUAAAAGCUCUAUGAAUGAUCACUCCCCCCUCUCUCUCUCUCUCUCUCCCUGCUGCAGGUCAGUGUCCCAGGAGAAGCAGGGGUGUCAUGGUACCUGCCAUGUAUCUGGUCCUGAGAUCCCCGUCCUCAAGCCUCCUGUCCCCAGACCUGUGCCCCCCCCCGCAGACCCGACCUGCCUACUCCGCUUUGGGAGGUGUGUCCACAACCUCCUGGCUGACCCCACCACCACCACCACCACCCCGUCUGCCACUACAACCUACAGGUGAAUGAGCUACAGGUGGUGGUCCUCCUCUCUUUGUUUCUAUCAUGUGUCAUGCCAUACAGGCUAGAUGCCAAGACACAACUUCAAAAUGAUUGAAUAAUAAAACAUAUAUUUUUUGUCAAUAGUUUCAGAAGUUGACGGACUAACACAUUUUCCCUUCCUUCACCAGUUUAAAUCUUCUUUCUCUUUCCUCAACAGAGCAAUACAGAGGGGCAUGUUGUGUGCCUGGUGCCUGGCUGUCCAAAUGCGGUGAACUGAUGUCUGCUAAAUGGCAUAUUAUUAUUAUUUUUUUAUUUUUUAUUAUUAUUAUAUUAUAUGUUUUGCCUCUAGAACCCCUUCCCCUCACCUCAGAUACU